AUGACCCUGAAAGAGAGGAUUUCUUCACCCCUCGAAGCUGGUCCGUCCAUCCUUGAUGCCCAUCGUCUUCCCCCUCACUUGACGCCCGCUCUCGAAUAUGCCUCGUCUCGCCUUGCCAAGAAGUCUCUCCAUCUUACCCUUGUCGUCGUCCGAAGAGACUACCAGCUACCCAGCGUUGUUCCUCCUCUGAGAUCGCCGGGCCUGUCUGCUCCAGCCACGCCCGCCUCUCCGCCCUCUGCCAAGUUCGGCUUUUCUACCGGCCCUGUCGCGGCCCUGAAGCAUCUUGUCCGGACAGCAUCACGACAGAGCUCGCAUUCGGCACAGUCCAACGGCUCCAAAGGUGCUGUGUCGUCGCCGGCUACAACCACCCUGGACUCUCCCGGUCCGAGACUUCGAUGGCCUCUCUCGCCUUGUACGCCUUUGUCUCCGCCUCCCAUGACGCCAUGCACACCGUCCUCUGUUGCGACGGACUACACUGGUCCUAUGACACCAGCCGGCUGGGGGAUUCGCUUGAUACACGCAUCUGAUUUGUGUGCCAAAAAUCAAAGAAUCCAGCGGGCGGUGUUUACGAAAACUGCACAAAAGUUUGGCCUGGGGUCUUGUCUCUCACCCGCCGUCGACCCCUCAACUUGUGGCCUAUCCGCCCAUCUCAUCGCAAACUCCCUUAUCCAAAACGAAGUCCUCUUCUCCUCCGACGGGCUCACUCUCCUCUCUCUCGAGCGACUGUACAGCCUCAAGAGCGCUCUGUCGAGUUAUUCCAAAACCAAGGCCCAUUUACGUCUCGAGGACGCAGUCGACGAGCUCCGUCGGUAUAUUCUUGCCAACAACGGCGCCAAGGUCACCAAGUCAGAUUUGCUACGCUCCUAUGAGUGGCUGAGCGCAAGUUCGUCUGCUGUGUCAGACCUGGACAAGAUGUACAGAAGGGCGUACGGAGGACCCGGCGAGGUGGGCGCCAUAUCCGGAGUCGGGCCUCCCUCUCCCACGGUAGUCCCGCCUCACGCACCCGAGCCGGUGGUUCGCCCAGACGAGGAUUGCGAGUUCCUCACCGAGUAUGACGACGAUCCCGAUCUGAGCCCCACGCAGAUUGGACUCGCGGUAACCACGUUUGAAAUGAGCAAGCCGGCCUCGCCCAAGGGCCCGGUCUUGAAGAUUCAGACGAAAUUCAAGACAAAACCUAUGCUGCGGAGAAAGCCGGGCUUUGGACCAGACCUCGGGGGAAGGGACAACAAGGUCGAGGGCCCUGAGAAGAAAGACGGCGAGGAGGGCGGCGAUCGGCCGGCACGGCCUCUCGAAGCGGCAUCGGGGGGGUGCACACCUUGGCCAACAUCGAUAGACAAUGUCCUGAGUGGAGCCGUGACGAGUGCCGACGCGAGCUCCGCGUGCCUAGUGCCAAUGACCCCCAAGGAAUAUGAUGAUAUUUCGCCCAUAACGAGAGGAGAAUGGGGCUUCUUGAUGGUUGACGACGCGUUUCGGGGAGGGCGGACCGUCGCAGUGGAAACGUGCUGA